UACACCUUCACAUCACAUCUGCCCGCAAUGCCUACUAUCGAAAGGCGCAUGCCUUGCUUCUCUGGGACCUCGUUCGACAACGGUCGGUACAUGCUCUCCCGACAGAUCGGCGUAGGUGGCUUCGGCGUCGUCUACCAAUGUCGCGAGCGCAUCCCCGGAACCACCCGCUCCGUCACCCGCGCCGUCAAAGUCUGCCCGGCCUUUCCUGAGGGAUCAAAUCGCGGUUACUGCCAAGAUCGCGAGGCUGCGCUGCACCGAAAGGUGUCCGACCACCCGAACGUCGCCUCCCUCCAUCGUGUCGUACGGGAAGGAAGAUUCCAGUACACGGUGAUGGACUACUACAGCGCCGGCGACUUACGCACCCUUAUUGGGAAGAGGCGCGCUCUCGCCCGAAACGAUGACUUGCUCCGCGAGAUCAUCCUCCAGAUCAUCGACGCGGUGGAGGCGUGUCAUCAGAGGGGCGUGUACCACCGGGACAUCAAGCCGGACAACAUCCUGGUGAAAGAAGACCUUUCGAAGGUCUACCUCACUGACUUCGGGUUGGCGACGAACUCGAAGACGAGCACAUCCUUCGGGAUAGGGACCCCAUUCUACGAGUGUCCAGAAUGCAUCGAUUGCGGUGACGUCGAGUAUCCGUACGACACUCGUCGGGCUGAUAUCUGGGCACUCGGAAUCACAAUCAUCCAGCUCGCUACUGGCCGUCUGCCAUGGUCAAAGGCUACGAUCCACGACCGCCACUUCUACAAAUUCCUCGACCAACCAGACUUCCUCCUCAAGAUCUUCCCUAUCACCCCGGGACUAAACCACAUCCUCCGUCGCAUCCUCACCAUGAUUCCGAAGGACCAAUGUUCUCUCUCCGAGCUGCGUAGGCUCGUUCGGAAUCUCGACAGGUUCUGGUUGACGGAGAAGGAGGUGGCGAGCUCGAGAUACUGGGCGGUCAAGCAGACGUGGCGCCAGUACAAGCCCGUCGAAUCCUACCUGAGCGAGGAGAGCGGAGACUCGUCGGAUGGUUGGGAGUCCUCGUGCGGUGAUACCCUCGAGUCGGAUACUUCCUCUGAGAGUGGAGGAUCGAUAGCGGGCGCCUCUAGCGACUCUGAGCGGGAACUCCGGGCACGCCGCGUCUCCAGCGGGGCUAUCCAGAAGGCGGAGGAAGGCCACCAUGCAUCGCCCCAAACCCCGCCCAAGGCUGAGGGUCAGCCGCAGCCGCAGCCGGUGGAGCACUUCGACAACGAGCCCCUUCCUCCAGUCCCGGCGAUCAUGCGCACUGCGUCCUCGGACGAGUUCCCUAUCCGCAAGCCCGGCUGCAACCCUGCUGUCAUCCCCGAAUCUACUUCGACAUCCUCAUCAGAAUGCAGCGGGCCCGACACUCCUCCCACACGUCCCCAUGAUCCCCCCGCCAUCGUCACCACUCAGGAGCUCUCGGACGAAAUCCCCUUGCAGGCUGUUGGCCAUGCGGAGAAUGAUAAGAUGACCGAGGCGCGGAGGGCGAGCCUGGUCCUGUGGGUUCCCUUCUCCGGCCAGGCAGCCUCAUAGUGGCGGGAGAAUGAAGGAGGAAGGUGUGGAAUGUUUGGUAUAUGAGCUAGUGGCGACUGACUGUUGAAGGA